AUGGCAGCAGCAGGGCUGAGCGGCACUCCAGCACAGGAGAACAACCAGGUGCAGACCCGCGAGAGGCAGCAGGCACAGAUCGGGAACAUGGUGGAGUUUGCCAUCGCUCUCAUUGGCAAGCUGGAUGGCAUCAACAGGCACUCCUUCAACAGCUUCCGUCUGCGCGUGGGGAUUAACCACGGGCCCGUGAUCGCUGGAGUUAUAGGAGCCAGAAAACCUCAGUAUGACAUUUGGGGCAACACUGUCAAUGUGGCCAGCAGGAUGGAGAGCACUGGAGAGCUGGGCAAGAUCCAGGUGACUGAGGAGAGCUCCAAUGUGCUGCAGAAGCUGGGAUACUCCUGUGAAUGCAGGGGUCUGAUCAACGUGAAGGGCAAGGGGGAGCUGACCACCUACUUCGUCUGCACGGACAUGAGCAAGCCCCAGGGCAUGGGUCUGAGCUGA